CAUUAAACCAUUCAGCGUGCCUAACAAAACAUAAAAUCCCUAACCUAUCCUUUGAAGCCUCUCUCUCUUCUGAUUGUAGGGUUUGUGUUGUGUGAGCAAGAAAGCGCGAAAAAAGGCUGCGGAUAAACACAACCCGCCACCAUGGGACGCAUGCACAGUAGAGGUAAGGGUAUAUCGGCAUCUGCUUUGCCCUACAAGAGAACGCCGCCUAGUUGGCUUAAGAUUUCUUCUCAGGAUGUUGAUGAGAACAUUUGCAAGUUUGCGAAGAAAGGUUUGAGACCGUCUCAAAUUGGUGUUAUCCUUCGUGAUUCUCAUGGGAUUGCUCAAGUGAAGAGUGUUACUGGCAGCAAGAUUUUGCGUAUACUGAAGGCUCACGGACUUGCUCCUGAGAUCCCAGAAGAUUUGUACCACCUCAUCAAGAAAGCAGUUGCAAUUAGGAAGCAUUUGGAGAGGAACAGGAAGGAUAAAGAUUCCAAAUUUAGGUUGAUUUUGGUUGAGAGCAGGAUCCAUCGCUUAGCACGCUAUUACAAGAAGACAAAGAAGCUUCCACCAGUAUGGAAAUAUGAAUCAACUACAGCCAGCACCCUUGUGGCAUAGCCGACAGAUACUUGCUUUGAUUGCAUCUCUGGGUUAAUCUUUGAUAAGCAAGUCCUUUUUUUUUUCUUCUUCUCUUUGAUAUUAUUGUUACUUCUUUUCUGCAAGGACUCGCGAGUGUGUAGUCUUGCAAGAUGUUAGGUGAAACAUUUUAUUUUAUCCGUCUUUUGGCAGUUUUAUUUCAACAAAGAAAUUAUCUUUACAAGUUA